AUGGUAGGGUCAAAUCAAACUUUUGCUGAAGUGCAAGAACCAAAGCCUUUUGCUCAAUGGACUGCUGAUGAAAACAGGCGAGCUCAAUAUGACGUUAAAGCCAGAAACAUUAUAUCAUCUGCUCUAACUCUUGAUGAGUUCUACAGAAUUUCUGUCUGCACCAGUGCACGCGAGAUGUGGGAAAUCCUUCGAGUGACUCAUGAAGGAACUGACGAUGUUAAACGGGCUAGAAAGAACUCCUUGAUACAAGAAUAUGAGAUGUUUCGAAUACAGACUUGGCAGCCAAAGGUGACGACUAUCACGGAGUCACAAAAUCUUGCAACAAUGACCAUGGCGGCUCUGUUUGGAAAACUGAGAGAGCACGAGCUUGAGUUGGGAAGACUGAAUGAUGAAGAAGAUCAAGGAAGAAAGAAGAAUAUUGCAUUCAAAACUGAGGUUAUAAAAGGCAAGAAGCAAAAAGAGGAAGAAGAUUCUGAUGAUGAUGAGAAUCUCAGUCUCAUGAUAAAGAAGUUCACAAAGUUCAUGAAGUCCAAAGGAAUAAAUCAAUUCAAGAGAUCCGAUGAGGAAGAAGCAAACCUUUGCUUAAUGGCCAAUAGUGAUCACUCUGACAGUGAGUUAACUUCCAAAGCUAGAAAAUCAAUGUGGUACCUUGACAGUGGAUGCUCAAGACACAUGACGGGUGAUAAAAGGAAGAUCAAGAAUCUCAAAAGAAAGGAUCAAGGAUUUGUUACAUAUGGAGAUAACAACAAAGGGAAAAUAAUUGGAAUUGGAGAUGUUGGUGGAGGGGAUACCUUGGAGAUCAAGGAUGUGCUACUUGUAGAAGGACUGAAGCACAAUCUUCUCAGUAUUAGUCAACUAUGCGACAAAGGUCUCAAAGUUAUCUUUGAAAGUGAUUACUACACUAUCCACCAAAAGGAUUCUAAGGAAAUUGCUUUAAAAGAUAUGAGACACAACAUAUCUAUUUAA